AACGUCCGUUCCAAGUUCCAUGUGCUCUUCCUGCUCUUUGUGGCAGUCAUGUUCUUUGUAAGCCUCAUGUUUCUGUUUGGGUACCACUGCUGGCUCGUUAGUAGGAACAGAUCCACUUUAGAGGCUUUCUCAGCUCCAGUGUUUCAAAAUGGCCCAGAUAAAAAUGGAUUCAAUCUUGGCUUUGUAAAGAAUCUUCAGCAAGUGUUUGGAGAGGAAAAAAAGCUCUGGUUACUACCUAUUGCCUCCAGCCAGGGUGAUGGACAUUUUUUCCCCAUGAGAGCUUUGUCUGAAGCUCAGAAUCCUCUCCUAGCAAAUGAAGAGCAGUGGGAAGAUGGUGGAAUAGAUGAAGAGCCUCAUGAUUCUGGUGAAGCUUCAUCCCUUGCCAUAGAGAGGGAGACAUAG